UCGGGAAGUUAAAAAGAGUUGCUCCUUGAUAGCAGAGUUCAAUCGAAGUAAGCCAGCUUCGUCAAAUACAGCUUAAGUUAUAUUUUUGCUUUGAGAUAUUUUUCACUGAACUUUGCCGUUUUUUGUUUUUAGUAGUUUUUAUUUAGACCUCGUUUUUUCGUGCGAGUGUUAGCAAUGGCGCUAAAACAUUUGAGGACACUGACACCACUUUUAAGGUUUAAUUGUCAGAGUAAAACAUUUGGAAGAGACUCUAUAAAGACGAUUUUAGUUCCAGUAAAAUCCUACAGCGCUCAGCAUGGAGGCGAAGACACGGGAAGAGCUGCAGGUCAGACUGUGGUCUCGGAGAGAAGGGGAUCCGUGGUUACUGUGGCAAUAAACCGGCCCGAGGUGCGUAAUGCGGUGAACCAGGAGACAGCGAGGCGUCUGCUGGAGGAGCUGAAGGCCUUUGACAGUGACCCAGGUUUGAACGUGGCUAUCCUGCAUGGGAAAGGAGGGAAUUUCUGCGCUGGUUAUGAUCUGAAAGAGCUGGCCAAUCACGCAGGCCCCUCCAAAUUGGAGCAAGAUGUCACUAAGGGUCCUGGUCCAAUGGGCCCGUCCCGUUUACAGCUGUCAAAGCCGCUGAUAGCAGCAGUGAGUGGUUUCGCCGUGGCUGGAGGGUUGGAGCUGGCUCUGCUGGCAGAUCUGAGAGUGGUGGAGGAGAGCGCCGUCAUGGGAGUGUUCUGCCGCAGGUUUGGUGUUCCCCUGAUUGAUGGAGGCACAGUGCGCCUCCCACGUCUAAUUGGUUUAUCAAGAGCACUCGACCUGAUUCUGACUGGACGGCCAGUUGGAGCACAAGAGGCUCUCGCAUAUGGACUGGCCAAUAGAGUCGUUCCUGAUGGCCAAGCUUUACAGGCGGCGCUGGAUCUAGCAGAGCAGAUCAGCUCCUUCCCUCAGCAGUGUCUGCGAGCCGACCGUGCUUCAGCCAUGUACGGCUGCUACGAUGCUCCAUCUUUCACACAGGCCAUGCAGUAUGAAAUCGACCAUGGGAUUCCUGUCAUCCAAGAAGAAGCUGUUGCCGGGGCACUCAAAUUUACUUCUGGAGUAGGAAGAGGAGGAAAGUUCUCCUAGGAUUUAGCUUGCACUAACCUUAUGAAGUGUGACUUCAGGUGAUCCAACACAUCCUGCUGCACACUUUCAAACUUUUGUCCACAAGUUGAAAGUAGUUUUUUUUAUGCCUGUACUCACUUCCUAUCUGCUUUAAAAGCAAUUACAUUUACAGUGAAAUCCAAUAAUUAAGCUCAAUUUAAAAGAAAUCAACUAAUGAUAAUAUCUUUCUACCACUAAUAUCGCCUUUUGGUUUAAAAUUUAGUAUGAUGUGAGUUGCACUUGUGAGCAGCUCAGUACAGCGGUGGCUGUCAACAAGUUUUUGAAAAUUACUGCACUGUCUCCAGACAUAAUUUUAGAGUUGGUGUUAGUAAUUUGAAAUACACAAAGUGCACAUGCUGCACGGCCCACUUUCUCCCUCAGUGAUGUUUUCAGAUGUUUAUGAGGGGACUUUGACUUUCAUUUCUCAAUGUAAAACACACCUUUCCCCUAAACUAAAUUCAAAGAUGUCAUAUGAAAAGCAACAUAUAAUGUUUACUUUUAAUAAAAUGAGAGCUUCCCUGAUUUUCUCAGUUGUCUCCGACACCCUGUGGACUGAUUUCUACGUAAAGGACAAAUUCGCAACCAUCUGGCAACCAAAAUAUGAAUAUAUGACCCUGACUCUUUGGCAAAUGGUUGCUGGAGAUUGAUGGCGGUCGCUGGGAAUUCAGUUGUCCCAAUCACACAGGCGUAGAGACCAGUCAGUGAGCCUCUGAGAACCACUCAUCGCUGGGAAAAAACAUGUUAGCUGAAGCGCAGAGGGACAACUUUUGCUUUGAAGGCAAAUGUUCUCUGUUUCAAGUGUGUAUCGCACUUUUUCUACUACUUGGCGAGAUCUUAGCUAGUGUACUUGGCUAUUUAUAGACAAGUUUGCAUCUUCUAUGCACUCUAUAGGCGACUGUGGAAAAUUUGCUAGUAACUAAAGCAAUCAUGAGGUUUUUUUACACAGCACCUUCUUUGUGACCAAUUACAUCUAGAAACCUCCAGGAACCACUGGACAACCACAUUUUUGUGGCGAAUAUGCAUUUUCCCCACACAUUGAAUGUUUUUUCUCAGUAUGUAUUAUUGUAGGGUCUACCUUACAAUAUAAAGCGCCUUGAGGGGACUGUUGUUGUGAUUUGGUGCUAUAUAAAUAAAAUUGAAUUGAAUUGAAUGUGGCAGAUGACUCUUGAGAAAUUAGGAACAUGACUUUUAGCAUGCAGAUCAUCUUUACUGUUUGUGCCACUGCUGGAGAGUCAUGUGACCACAAAAUGACUCCAACUCAAAAAACUAACAAGAUGUCGAAAGCAGCAAACCUGCAGGAGCUCGCAGUUGCUCCUUCGACUGAAGAAACACUUGAUAACUGGGUUAAGGUGUCUGCUUGCAUGUGUGUGGGUGCGUGUGUGGUUUAGCAACUGUAGCAAUACAAUUACUGCAGAAAAUUUAGCACUUAUUAUCAGGUCUGUGCCAGGUGGAAGCAUUCCUGUGGCUUUGGCGCAUACUUCCCCUUAAUUUAGCAUGUUGGAGAUUCUUG